CUCCCAUCGAUAAGGUUCAGUUAGCCAAGGUGGAGGAUGGGAAAAGAAUGGAACUGUCCCAGCUACUCAAUGAGAUCAGGGCUAACUAUGAAAAGCUCCUCACCAGAAAUCAGAUAGAGACGGUGCUCUCAACGAGGAUCCAGGUAAUGAUUUCAUACAGGCAGGCACCUUCCAGAAUAAGGAGUCAAUCCAUGUCUACCCAAUUCCUGUCCCGGCCUCUCUGAGCUAGAAGAAGACAUAAGCAAAAAAAUGGACAAAGAUGAAGAGGCUUUAAAGGCGGCUCAAGCAGAACUCAAGGAAGCCCGGCGCCAGUGGCACCACCUGCAAGUGGAAAUUGAAUCUCUCCAUGCUGUGGAAAGGGGCCUUGAAAACUCCCUCCAUGCCAGUGAGCAGCACUACCAGACGCAGCUGCAGGAUUUGGAGGCAGUGAUCGAAGGACUGGAAAAGGAGCUGCAGGAAGUGAGGAGCGGCAUUGAAAAGCAGCUUCAAGAGCAUGAGAUGCUUCUCAACACCAAGAUGCGGCUGGAACAAGAAAUAGCAACUUACCGCCGCCUCUUAGAAAAGGAAGAAAUCAGAUAUUAUGGUUGUAUCCAAGCUGGGAAAAAAGACCAAAAACCUACUACAAGUAGAGUUGGUUUUGUUUUACCAUCAGCCAUCAUAAAUGAAAUAUCUUUUUCAACGAAAGUCCCACAAAAAUAUGAGAAUGAAAAAGUGGAAACAGUGACCAACCAGGCAAUAUUAAAUGGAAAUAUUGUGAAGGAGAGCACUGAAGCUCGUGGCACUAUUCAGACAGAGAAAGUGGAUGAAGUUAUUAAAGAAUGGGAAGGGUCCUUCUUUAAAGAUAACCCUCGAUUAAGGAAAAAAUCUGUUUCUCUUCGAUUUGAUCUUCAUUUAGCAGCCACUGAUGAAGGGUGUUUACAGACUAAGCAGGAUAACCUACCAGAUAUAGAAGUCAGGUUGAUCAUGAGAAGAUCAUGCAGUAUCCCCUCCAUCAAACCUCCAUCAGCAGCUAAUUAAUCCAAAGAUAAUAUUUGACCUGAUUUGAAAAUAACAUUAAGAUGAACCAAGGUGGGCUGUGCUGACCCCCUCUGUCCCAAAUGUAAGUUAUUGAGUACAUAUGAAAAAUGUUAUGAUCAGUGUGUGGUGCCCUUCAGA